AUGGAGAAACAACCGGAGAAUCUAGACGAUCGGAGCUUCCCGGAGCUCAAGGGACAGAAGAAGAGAAAACUGGAAGAAGGAGAUGACCGAGAGAUCUCCACCGACGCGUUACUCAGAGUAAUCGCCGAUCAAGUUUCCUUACUCAACUCCACUUUCUCCUGGAAAGAAUCCGAUCGAGCCGCCGCAAAACGCGCCACUCAAAUCCUCUCCGAGCUCGCCAGAAACGAGGAUUUUGUGGACGCGAUUAUCAAGGGAGGAGCAAUUCCAGUUCUCGUUAAGCAUCUACAGGCUCCACCGUACGGCGAUGGGGAUAAGGCUCAAACGCCGCUCGAACACGAGGUCGAGAAGGGAAGUGCGUUUGCUCUUAGUUUUCUCGCAACCAAGUCAGAGCAUCAGAAGCUGAUAGUAGACAAUGGUGCAUUGACCCAUCUUGUGAAUCUAUUGAAGAGAAACAAAUGUGGUUCUCGUUCUCGAGCCGUUAUCAGAAGGGCUGCUGAGACCAUUAUCAGUCUUGCUCAUGAGAAUAACAGUAUCAAGACCCUUGUUAGGUUAGAAGGUGGUAUUCCACCUCUUGUGGAGUUGCUUGAGUUUGACAAUGCAAAAGUUCAACGAGCAGCAGCAGGGGCAUUAAGAACCCUUGCGUUUAGAAAUGAUGAUAACAAGAACCAAAUAGUUGACUGUAAUGCUCUUCCAACGCUCAUCUUAAUGCUAGGAUCAGAGGAUGCUGCAAUACAUUAUGAAGCGGUUGGUGUUAUUGGCAAUCUAGUACACUCGUCUCUGAACAUUAAAAAGAAGGUCCUUGAUGCCGGGGCUUUACAGCCUGUAAUCAGUCUUCUCAGCUCUUGUUGCCCUGAGAGCCAAAGAGAGGCAGCUUUAUUACUUGGCCAAUUUGCUGCUACUGAUUCUGAUUGCAAGGCACACAUAGUGCAAAGGGGGGCUGUAUGUCCUUUGAUCGAGAUGCUUCAGUCACCUGAAGCUAAGUUGAAGGAAAUGUCAUCCUUCGCGUUAGGGAGACUGGCAAUGGAUUCCCACAAUCAAGCUGGCAUUGCCCAGAGUGGUGGUUUAGGACCUUUAUUGAAGCUUCUUGAUCCAGGAAAUAGAUCUCUGCAAUACAAUGCUGCAUUUGCUCUUUAUGGUCUUGCUGAUAAUGAGGAUAAUGUGUCCGAUUUUAUCAAGGUGGGAGGUGUCCAGAAGCUUCUAGAUGGAAAGUUUAUUAUUCAGGCAACUAAAGAUUGUGUUUUCAAAACAUUAAAAAGAUUGGAGGAAAAGAUUCAUGGAAGAGUUUUAAAACAGUUGUUGUCCCUGAUGCGCCUUUCUGACAAGCUUAUCCAAACACGAGUUGCUCUUGCUCUUGCUCUUCUUUGUUCCCCGGAGGAUCAGCAAACCAUAUUUGUUGAUGGCAAUGGAUUGGAGUUGCUUCUUGAACUUCUUGGUUCUACAAACGCUAAGCAGCAACUUGGUGGUGCUGUAGCGCUACAAAAAUUAGCAAAUAAAUCCAUGGCGCUUUCUCCAGUCGAUACUGCUCCUCCAUCUCCAACACAAAUGAUAUAUCUUGGAGAGCAAUAUGUAAAUAAUGCUACGUUGUCAGAUGUAACCUUUGUAGUUGAAGGCAGGAGAUUCUAUGCUCACAGAAUUUGUCUGCUAGCGUCUUCAGAUGCAUUUCGUGCAAUGUUUGAUGGAGGCUACCGAGAAAACACCGCAAGAGAUAUCGAGAUUCCAAAUAUUCGAUGGGAAGUUUUUGAGUUAAUGAUGAGGUUUAUAUACACUGGCUCAGUUAGUGUAACAAUAGAGAUUGCACAAGAUCUAUUAAGAGCAGCAGAUCAGUAUCUCUUGGAAGGGCUCAAGCGACUCUGUGAAUACAUUAUUAGUCAGGAUAUAACGGUGGAAAACAUUGGGAACAUUUAUGAACUCUCAGAAGCAUUGAACGCAAUGUCGCUGAGGGAGACUUGUAUCUUAUUUAUCCUGGAACACUUUGAUAAACUGAGUUUGAAGCCCGGGACGAACGAACUGGUGCAGCGAACAAUCCCAGAGAUACGUAAUUACUUUUAUAGAGUCCUCACCAGGUCUACUAAUUUGUGA